CUGGUUCCUCCUCCUCCCAGAGGAGCUCUGAGAGCCGCAGGACCUACUGAGUGCGCUAGUAGGGGAGGGGGGGACGCUUUACGUGGCAAUGAGUCCGGACGUGACAUCUUCAUCUGAGGAAUUCAAGUCUUCUUCCUUGGUUUAUUAAGGUCUAUCAGGGAGACGGUUCCCGGCUCUGGGUCUCCGGUGCCAUGGCGAACAUGUGGCCACUUUUAUGGGCUGCGUUUCUUCCAUCCAUCAUCUUGGCUUAUGAAGUGGACUGGAAAAAACUGAAUGGACUCGCCAGGGCAAAAGUGGAGACCUGUGGAGGAUGACAGCUGAACAGACUGAGGGAGGUCAAGGCUUUCGUGACCCAGGACAUCCCUCUCUUCCAUAACUUGGUGAUGAAGCACCUCCCUGGUGCAGACCCCGAGCUCGUCCUCCUGAACCACUACUACGAGGAGCUGGAUCGCAUCCCGCUGUCACACAUGACCCGUGCUGAAAUUAACACACUCCUGGAGGAGUUGGGCUUCUAUAAAAAAGCACAAGCUGAAGAUGAAGUGCCGGACAAGUUUCGCUUCUCACCAGCUAAAGACAGUCCAUUCAAAGAGCAUCACACUCACAAACCACCUGCACACACCGAGCCCCCAGAAGAGCCCCAGCCUGAGAACGUGUCUCCACAUCAAGACUUAUAGUGUGUGUUUGAUUAGUGACACAAUUGUAAUUUUCCCUAGUCUCAGGCGCACACACACACACACACACACACACACACACUGCAGUACUGCUAGUAAUGAGCGGUUAGAGUCCAGUUUGUGCCCCAAUGAGAACUGAAUGAUGCCUCAAACUGUAAAAUCAUCUGAUUGGUUUUGGGCUGAUGAUCUACGUUCUUACUGGUGUAAACUGGUCUCCAUAGAGCGCAGUGUAACAAUACCACCAAGAUAAAGAAAUGUUUUUAACUGGCA